CAACGCUGGAGCCCCCCGCUCCUCAGCAGCGCGGUUGCACACGCGCACCUCGGACAGCCGCAGCACCAUCCUCCCCCUCCCUCGAGAUUUAAAGGGCCAGUGGCACCGCUCCGUGAGGUCCGUCCUCCUCCACGGAGGAGGGGGAAGGAGCCGCUCGGCAAAUGUGUGAGCGCCGCGGGCCCGCGCGCAUGGAGCUCAGCGACAGCUGGAGCGCGGGGUCGGUGGCCGCGGUGUUGCCAGCGGGCGGCAGCGGGGAGCGCCUGGGGGCCGCCAGGCCGAAGCAGUUCUGCGCGCUACAGGGGAGGCCGCUCGUUAGCCACACGGCCCGCGCGCUCGAGAGAAUAAGCUGGAUAUCGGAUAUAAUUGUGGUAGUGUCUCUUGAACACAUUGAAACAAUGAAGUCAAUUAUUCAGAAAUAUGGUCACAAACGGAUUACAGUGGUAGAAGGCGGAGUGACUCGUCACCGGUCAAUUUUCAAUGGACUAAAAAUCUUUGCAGAGAACAAGCUUUCCAAUUGUCCACUCCAGAAACCCGAAGUAGUGAUCAUCCAUGAUGCUGUGAGGCCAUUCAUUGAGGAAGAUAUUCUAUUAAAAGUAGUUAAGGCUGCUAAAGACCAUGGGGCAGCAGGAGCAAUCCGUCCUCUUGUCUCGACUGUUGUUGCUUCCUCUGCAGACGGUUGUUUAGACCAUUCACUAGAACGUGCCAGGUAUAGAGCAAGUGAAAUGCCUCAGGCUUUCUUAUUUGAUAUAAUCUAUCAAGCAUAUCAUCAGUGCAAUGACUAUGACCUGGAUUACGGCACUGAAUGUUUGCACUUAGCUUUAAAAUACUGUAAAACGAAAGCCAAACUAAUUGAAGGAUCACCUGACCUCUGGAAGGUGACCUACAAGCGGGACCUGUAUGCAGCUGAAUCGAUUAUUAAGGAUAACCUAUCACAACAAGUUUGUGUUAUUACUGAUAUGAAAGGAGAUGAUGUGCAAGUAGGUUUUCUCCUUCAUGAAACUCUGAAAAGCCAUAUCAAAGUUAAACGUAUAUCAGUAUCUCUAUGCAAAGAUGAUAAUUAUAUGCAGAACAUCAUUUUAGGACAAUGCUACAAUUUUAUUUGUAUGCAUGUUAAAAAAUCUGCCUUUCAAGAAACACAACAACUGGUGGAUAUCCUUGAAAAUGCAAAUGUUUCUACCUUGUAUCCAGUUGUUCUCAUUUCGGUACACUUGAAUGUUUCAGAAAACGCAUCUUUCAGCAGUGAGAUGGAAGACCUAACCAGGAUUAAGGAAUUUGCAAGAGAAGUGAAAAAGAAAAAUAUUUUGGUUUAUGGUCUUCUUAUCCAUUACAAUAAGGGUAGCAAGGACUUGCAAGGCCUGGGAUAUUUGAUACAACAUUGUUCAACAGAGAAGAGGCACAGAUAUCAAAAUGGGACCCGAUCAGUAAAAGAAGGGACAACAAUAUGAGUAAUGAGACUGUCCUUUACCAAGACAGAUAUUUCUGAGGUACAUCAGACUACGUGCUCCAUCAGCUUCUUGAGGUUUAUAAUAAAUUCCCCAUAACAAUGAUAACAGUUUCCUGUAUUAUAUUUCUUACAUGUUAUUUAAAAAAAUCUGCAACUAGUUAUGGUCAAAGACAGGAUACCAGACUAGAUAGACUGAUGUUCUGAUGGCAGAUCAUUGUUCCUAUCAUCCUUAAAGAGUAAUUAAAAAACAAACAAACAAUAGGCUAAUGUCAUAUUAGAAAGAUUCAGUAGAUUUCCUCAACAAUUACAGUUUAAAUUAUUAGAAGUUAAAAAAAGAAAGAAAGAUAAAUUAACUGACUUUAUCUGUAUCAUAGAAUUGUAGAAAAUUAGGGUUGGAAGGGACCUCAGGAGGUCAUCUAGUCCAACCCCCUGCUCAAAGCAGGAGCAUCCCCCACUACAUCAUCCCAGCCAAGGCUUUGUCUAGCUGGGUCUCAAAAACAUCAAAGGAUGGAGAUUCUACAACCACCCUGGGUAACCUGUUCCAGUGCUUUAUUACCUUCCCAGUGACAGUUUUUCCUAAUAUCUAGCCUAAAUUUCUCUUGCUUCCCUUGCUUUUGAAGCAGUUCCUUUGCAACUUGAGACUAUUGUUCCUUGUUCUGUCAUCUGCCACCAGUGAGAACAGUCUAGCUCCAUCCUUUUUGGGGCCACCCUUCAGGUAGUUGAAGGCUGCUAUUAAAUUCCCCUUUAAGUCUUCUCUUCUCUAGGCUAAAUUAGCCCAGUUCCCACAGCCUCUCUUCAUGGGUCAUGUGCCCCAGCCCCCUAACCAUUUUUCUUGCCCUCCACGGGACUCUCUCCAACUUGUCCACAUCCUUUGUGUAGUGGGGGCCCCACAACUGAACACAGUACUCCAGGACUAGUGAGGCCACAUCUGAAUAGAUAGGAAUAAUCACUUCCCUUGAUCUGCUGGCAACACUUCUACUAAUGCAGCCCAGUAUGCUGUUAGCCUUCUUGGUGACAAGGGCACAUUGUUGGUUCAUAUUCAGCUUAUUAUCCACUGUAACUCCUAGGUCCUUUUUUGCAGAGCUGCUGCCCAGCCAGUCAGCCCCCGGCCUGUACUGGUGCAUGGGAUUGUUCUGUUCUAAGUACAUAUAAUGUAUACAUUAAAUACCAAUAUGUAUUAUACUUUCUUGUCUCUCUCUUCUACUGGACAAAUGAAAACAGACAAGCCAGUUUCUAAUCAGUUUCUGUUUCAGCAACCUCUACUCAGCAUAGUGCCAUAGCAUGUGUGGAUUGCAAGUAUAAGAGAGAGCGUGUAUAAUGUAAGAGGGUUUUUUGGUUUUAUUUUUGGAAAAGUCUCUUUGACAAUUUGAAAAUAAUCAUUAAAAUCUUGUAAUUAGUUUUAGGUUUGGUGAAAACUUUUUACUAAAGCUGACUUUUCAACUGAAUUGAAUCCCACAGAGUCAUUUUAAAUCUCUUCCUUUAAAAUAGUGGAAGCUAAAUUUCCUUGUGUUGCUUCCUUUCAUGUUCAAAAACUUGAAGAAUUUAUUACUACACAGGAAUGUGUAUAAAUGAUGUGGAAAGAUUUAUUAGGAGAAACAGUAAGAGCAUUCCUGGCCAGGUGGAUUUUUCCCCCUCGCCCCAUUUUUUUUCCUUUUUUUGAAAAGAAGAAAAAAGUAUACAGCUUCAGCCAACUUCAGAUAUGGCUAGAAGCCCAUUUGGAAAACAUAACAUCUGUAGUUGUGAAAGACUUCCCAAACAGCUGCCCCAAAUUAAAUGAGAGUGGUCAGUCGAGAGGGGAAGCUGCUGCUGUGGGAUUUCAAGAGUAGUGUAAAUCACCAAUUAAGCAUUAAUCACCAUAUGUUAAUUAUUUUUGUUCUUUAUAAUGUUAGACAAGCUACAAGCAAAUACCAUUGACUAAUCUUCCUCCCAUAUCAAAAAUGUCUAAAAUGACUAAGGGCUUGCUUGGUAUAAACUCUCACUGUUCCUCCAUAGAUGGAAUUUUAGGGCAUAUUUUAGUCAGAUCUAAUCAUCUGUAUUUCCAAAACAACUAAUGGGUUGGGCAUAAACAGCAUACUUUAACCUUCUGUUCCAGUUGCACCAACCUCCUCUGCUGUACCAUUAUUUUCUUAAAGGAGAAAGUUAGUAAGCUUCUCCACUGCUAAUCUAAUAACUUAUUUUUUUCCCAUUGUUACUCAGGAAGACACCCAACCUCUAACUCCUUUAUUUCUACUCCAUAUUGUAGGCUUUCUCCUUAUACAACAUUUGAUGUUACCUUCAUCUUUAACUAACUUUUACAUUGCCCUUUACUCCUAUAUUUGUUCCUUUAAUUAAGCAUUUUCAGUCAGCAUCUGCUCUUUUGAUUUUUAUUAGGAGCCUUGCAUAUCUGAGUGUUCUUCUGUUACUUAACAGAAAUUGCUUCUACUAAAUAUUUUGUGCCUCACUAUAUCUAUCAACAUCUACCCUAUGCGGAGGCAGAAGCUGCAUAAACGCAUUCAGAUAAUCUGGGGGAAUUCUCUUGAGUUUGUUCUCUUGGUAAAGAAUCUUACCUUUAUUCUGCUGUGAGUACAGAACUGAAGAGUGGCCCUGAAGAGUGGAGGGCUUGCAGUGCUGACACUGCAGUUAGGGGCCCAUGGUCAUCCCAUGUUUCCCUGCAGUACGAUAUGGGGAUUGCGAGGGGGGUGAGUUCUGCUUCCUACUGAAGGAGCAGAGUCCAGAGUGACACACUGACUCCCAAGCUAGAGACAGGCAUUACACACAAACAAGUUUAAGUGAUCAGAAACUGGGUUAAACCUGUAACAUAACAGAUGUUCAGUGCACAUAAACUGGUUUGAAAAUGGCUGAAACUGAUUUGAGAUAAACCUGGUUAGAUGAACUUAAUGGAUUUGGCUCAAACCGGUUUAUGCAGUGUCUGUCUCAGACCCCUUGCUGGUUUAAGAUAAACCAGAGUUCCCCAGCAUCCCGGCAUGCUCUCUGGGCUGGGCAGGGCUCUCUGCUCCACAGCAGAGCUGGCCUCUCGCCUCUACUCUGUGGCUGCAGCUCUGGCAGAGACUUGCAGACACAGCAACGUCUGCCUGGUUUCCUCCUGCAUUCCCCCUACUUUUCCCCUCUCCUCCCCACUCCCUACUAAGCAGGGAUGCCCCCGCAUCCCCUCUGCCUUACGCAGACACCUCAGCAUUAGCUAGCAGAUGACAUGCUGGCUACUACGGUCCAUGCUGUGGCAGACAGCAGUCAGUUUAGGACUUUUUGGAACUAAUCAAAGCUCAGCUAGUAAAGUCCCUCGUUCCUUCUUUGUUUAAGAAGAGUUUGAACCAACGAGAGAGGCUGUUUGUUUUCUGAUGGGAUGAUAAAUGCUGAUAACAGAGCUGAUAAAUGCUUUGUUAUCAAGGAGGUGGGGGGACCCCUCCUUAAUCCUGCCGGAGCCUAGCCAUGCCCCCUCAGCUCAGACCUGUGCAAGGGAAGGGAGGGAUGUUCUAGCGCCACCCAGCUUCUAGCCUGAGCCACUGCAGGCAUCUGCCUCGUUUCUGGGAUGUCUGUGCAGUUUCAAAGUGAUUCAGCCUAGCCAGGUUAGAUUAACCUGCAAAGAUUGAAUCAAGUCAGGCUCAGGCUUUUUGAAUGUCUGUCCCUAGCCCCAGGGGGAGAUGCUGAAGGAGUGUGUUCUCUUCUGAGAGAAGCCACGGCAUGUACAAACAUUUGCUUUCCCAGUAGAAACACUGUACACCUGUGUUGUCUCUACAUCUGUACAUGUGUGUUUUCUCCUGGGAUUGUGGGAAGUCUCCCAGGACAAAAUGAAUAGCACAGAUAGUAUUUGUCUAUAUGUGCAUGUCAUUUUGGAAAUUGUAAAGCUCACAUGCCGUCCGUUGGAAAAUCUGAUCUGCUUGUACCAUGUCUUAUCUGUAAUUGGCUUUUUUACUUCUCUAGCAAGAGUACACCUGCUGCUUAGAGUGUUUUAGACGAAGACUGGCCCAUACCACUAAUACACAGAUCAGUUAGACUUCAAUGGGCUUUAAGUUCUUUGCUGACUAAGGAUGGAUUUAUACAUUUGAUUAAGUACAUGCUUAAAUGUUUUCCUUUAGAGGAGCUUACAUUUUGAUCCAGAUUUCUCAAAGCCAAGUUUGAGGGUGUAAAGAUCAUAGAUUUUGAUUCUGCUUGUUUUGAAACCCCUUGUAGGAUCUGGACUAGUACUCAGGUUUCAAAUACAGUUUGAGUGGAAUGACUCUAUUUUAAGCCACGGUUUUGUUUUGGUCAUUUCUGAAAUGAGAGUAUUCAGCAUCAAUACCUUGAAAUAAUUAAAAUGUAUUCCACAUCUAUUUCUUAAAUUCUGUUUCUGCCUACAGUUUUUUAUUUUGAAUGGAUUGGGAGUUUUAUACUGGUAUGGAAAAUUGUAUUCUAAAAAGCAUAGAUUUUUCUGAAAGUUUUGGUAUUAGUAAAACAAUAUAGCUUCCCCUUGUUUCAGACAUCAUAAUAUAAUUGUGUUUUGUUAAAAAUGGAUUAGCAUAGGUUUUUGGUUUUUUUCAAGUUUGCUCACGUUUUCCCUUUUUUAUUUCAGGAUGAUCCACAGCUUCAGGAGACUGUAAAUUCUGCUGCUACCAUUAUCUCCGCAUUAAUAAAGGACAGAAACCCUGA